AGGAAAAAAGAAACAUAUAUUUCUUUCUUAUUAUUAUCCCACAACAAGUGAACUAUGGAAGUUAGUAUUAUUUCGAGAGAAACUGUGAAACCAUCUUCGCUUUCCUUAAAUGAGCUAAAACCACACAAACUUUGUCUCUUUGAUCAGAUUACUCCCAUGACAUACGCCUCAAUCAUGGUCUUCUUUCGCAACAAUAAUACUGAUCCAAAUUUCAAUGCUAAUAUUCCCCAAACCCUUGCCCAGCUGAAGAAAUCCCUGUCUGAAAUCUUAACUUUGUUUUACCCAUUUUCAGGAAGGACAAAGAACAAUCUCUACGUCGAUGAUUUCAACGCUGGAGUCACCUACGUUGAGGCCAAUGUCAAUUGCAGUUUGAUUGAGUUUUUCAAGCUCAAACAAAAUGAGUUGCUGAAUCAGUUUGUUCCCUUCCUACCUUGGAGAAAUGAAAGUGAAGCUCGACAAGAAGAGCUACCCCAAGUCGGCUUUCAAGUCAACAUUUUUGCAUGUGGCGGAAUAGCCAUAGCUAGUUCGUUGGGCCAUAAAAUAGCAGAUGGAGGGACUUUGAGCCAUUUCCUCAUGUCAUGGGCCACCGCUUUUCGAGGCUUCCCUGAAAAAAUCAUACCUCCUAAUCUCUCUGAUGCCUCGAUAGCCUUCCCACCAAGAGAUUUAUUGCCCACUAAAUACAGAUCUCUAAAGGAUAAGUUAUGGUUCAAUAAGGGAAACUUUGUGACGAAGCGGUUUGUAUUCCAAGCCAACGCCAUUGCAAACCUAAGGGACAUUGGUAGAAGCCAACGUGUCCCAAAGCCAUCACGUAAUGAAGUACUAACAUGUUUUCUAUGGAAACAUGCAUCGGCGGCAGCUGCGAUUGCUACUGGCCGAGCUUCUAAGGAUUCCAUUAUAGCCCAUGCAGUGAACAUGAGACCACGAAUGAGCUCCAAUGUCUUGACCACCUCCAUUGGAAACCUCUUUUGGUGGGCCAAAGCGACUUCCAAAGAUGUUGGCUCAAUGACGUUGUCUGAGGCGGUUGAAAUUCUAAGGGGAUCUCUUGUGAGUUUCAAUAAUGAGUAUUUGGAGAGCAUGGAAGGUGAAGUGGGUUAUUCAGCAGUAUCAGAGUUCUAUGAUUCGAUGGAAGAUAUUAUAAUUAACUCAUCAAAACAAGAUAGCAGUGCACCUGAAAUUUAUGGAUUUACAAAUUGGAACGGUUUCUUCAAUGAUGUAGAUUUCGGGUGGGGGAAGCCGAUAUGGGUCGGAGCCCAUGGGAAUGUCGGGGCUGAGUUUAGAAACAUGAUUGUGUUCGUGGAUGGACAUGGUGGGAAGGGAAUGGAGGCAUUUGUGACCCUUGAAGAGAAUCACAUGAAUGUUCUGGAAAAAGAUCCCAAGUUCCUGACCUUUGUUUCUCCCAACCCUGAAGGCCUUCCAGUCAGCAUGAUUUGAUGAUUGCAUGCAUGGAUUUCAAAAUGAUUUAAAUGUUUUAUUCAAAUCAGUGCAUAUCAUGGUUUUUCAUUAAAAUAUUAAAAAUAAGUUUGAGUAGUAGUAUUUGAACCUGUAAUGCAUGUUAGUUUCUACUCCAAUAAUGGUUAUGUGUAAUGUUAAUUGUAGUAAGAGUCCCAUAAUCUAAUAUUAUUGAAUAAAAAUGAAUAUGAUAUGUAGUUUAUCUCGUAUCAUAUUCUACGUUUCGCAUGUUA